AAAAUGUGCUGAGAUGGAAAAGAAAUCAAGUAGAUUUCCAUGGAGGCAUUUUUAAAGGCAUCUUCUUAGAAGGACAAUGUAAUGGCUGACUGCUCUGCCUUGGAGUUUUCAUAAGGAAUCAUUGCCCUUGGGAGGUGUUGGAUGGUCGCCACUUCCUUGGAGCCUCGCUUUUGCUGGAAGCUGGUUCCGGAAUUAAGGGAGGAACGCUCUCUCGCAAUGGGCUGCCAAGAAAACCACUGGGUUUGUUCUUAACAUUGGGCUCUGUCUAUGACCCAUCUGAGAGGCUUCCUAGCAAGCCUGUCCCCUCUCCUGGGUCUUUUCCUCCCUGGAAAGCCCUCUCUCUCCAAGAACUUGCUUCACGGCUUUGUUUGCUCUGAGUUGUAUGCCACAGACACCUGCGAAUGUGGAAGUGAACAAUGUCGAGACCCAAGAGACUGUUAUGGCUUCCAUUGUUCUUCACCCCAGUCUGCGUCAUGUUGAACUCCAAUGUUCUCCUGUGGAUAACCGCUCUUGCCAUUAAGUUCACGCUCAUUGACUGCCAGGCACAGUAUCCGGUUGUCAACACAAAUUACGGCAAAAUCCGGGGUCUAAGAACACCAUUGCCCAAUGAGAUUUUGGGUCCAGUGGAGCAAUACUUGGGGGUCCCUUAUGCCUCGCCUCCCACUGGAGAGAGACGGUUUCAGCCCCCAGAACCCCCAUCUUCAUGGACUGGGGUUCGAAAUGCCACCCAGUUUGCUGCUGUGUGCCCCCAACACCUGGAUGAGAGGUCUCUCUUGCAUGACAUGCUGCCCAUAUGGUUUACCGCCAAUCUGGAUACUUUAAUGACCUACGUGCAAGAUCAAAAUGAAGACUGCCUUUACUUAAACAUCUACGUGCCCACGGAGGAUGACAUCCAUGAUCAGAACAGUAAGAAGCCAGUUAUGGUCUAUAUCCAUGGCGGAUCUUAUAUGGAGGGUACUGGCAAUAUGAUUGACGGCAGCAUCCUGGCGAGCUAUGGGAACGUCAUCGUGAUAACUAUUAACUACCGGCUGGGAAUUUUGGGAUCUCCAUGUCUUGAUGCUGCCUUCCUAACUCCAGCAUAUCCCCUCUCCUCUCAGAUUUCCCCAAUUGGAUUCCGACUGGAAAAGUUUCCUUUCUCCACCUUAAAAGAGAAACCAUGCAUCACUAAGCUACAAAAAAUGCUGGAAAAAGUUAAAUGGGUACAAAGGAAAGGUGGAGUGUUGCACUUAGAGAAAAAUAAACAAAAGUCUAGAAGUAAAAGUUAUGGGAGAAGUGUGAGAGCAUGGGAUGAGAAAUUGUGUGAGACCAUUCACAACCAUGAAAAUACAGACAGUGGAAGGAACGGAUGGGAACCCUUAGAAUAA